UUGCCACCAUACGGGAAGCUGUAAAAGAGAAGGAAGCGAGUAUGACCCUCAAAGCUAAAACACGAGAACGAGUGCAACCCAAGAUGGGUAAAGUAGAUAUUGAUUAUCAAAGGCUGCACGACGCAUUCUUCAAGCAUAUGACAAAGCCCCCCACUACUGGUUUCGGUGAGAUGUAUUAUGAGGGCAAAGAAUUCGAGACGUCUCUCAAGGAGAAGCGCCCCGGGGAUCUAUCACCUGAACUCAUUGAAGCAUUGUCUAUACCUCCAUUAGCACCACCCCCAUGGUUGAUUAGCAUGCAGCGGUUUGGUCCACCACCUAGCUACCCUACGUUGCGGAUACCAGGGUUGAACGCGCCAAUACCUUCGGG